GAAGUGUUUCUCACGUAGAAUCAUGUUAUUGCGAUCGUAUAAAUGGGAAAUGAACUGCCGGUUCAAGCAGCUCGCUCGUAACUUUGGAAUCCUAAAGCAACAACCACUCAUCGCAUUUGAACAUGCCGUUCCCAAGUUGCCGAUAGCUCAGUUCGUCAGAUACAAAUCUGGCACUCCGUUGAACACUAUCAUACUGUUCGUACCUCAGCAAGAGGCAUGGAUCGUCGAGAGAAUGGGGAAAUUUCACAGGAUCUUGAAUCCUGGUUUAAACAUCCUCACACCGAUAAUAGAUAGAAUUAGAUACGUCCAAAGUCUUAAGGAAUUAGCUAUAGAAAUACCUCAGCAAAGCGCCGUCACCUCAGAUAAUGUAACGUUAAACAUCGACGGCGUUUUAUAUUUACGAGUGAUCGAUCCGUUUCUGGCAUCGUACGGAGUGGACGAUCCCGAGUUCGCCGUAGUUCAGUUAGCGCAGACGACGAUGAGGUCGGAGCUGGGAAAGAUAUCUCUGGACAAAGUGUUCAGGGAGAGAGAAGGCCUCAACGUCUGUAUAGUCGAUAGCAUAAACAAAGCGAGUGAAGCCUGGGGAAUAACUUGCCUCCGAUACGAAAUACGUGACAUAAGAUUACCACAAAGGGUGCAGGAAGCGAUGCAGAUGCAGGUGGAGGCCGAACGAAAGAAGAGAGCCGCGGUGCUGGAAUCGGAGGGCCAGAGAGAGGCGGAUAUAAAUAUCGCCGAAGGAAAACGCUUAGCGCAGAUCCUGGCAUCAGAGGCGGCGAAGCAGGAAGAGAUAAACAAAGCCACUGGUACAGCGACGGCUCUGGUGGCUAUCGCGGAGGCGCGCGCCAAAAGUUUGAAACUCGUGGCGGGUGCUCUUAAUUUGGCGGACGCAAAGAACGCGGCCUCGUACAGUCUAGCGGAGCAAUACGUCAAAGCGUUUAACAAACUUGCGAAGGUCAACAAUACUUUGAUCUUGCCCAGUAACGUCGCAGACGUGUCUUCCUUGGUGACGCAGGCGAUGACGAUUUACAAGCACGUUAUGUCUCGACCGACUUUAGACAACGACGAACCGAAAGAAAACAAAGAUCUCCAGGUGGAUGACAAUGACGAAUCGUUCGAGUAUUUUAGCGAUAAAGAGGAAGCGGAGAAGCAUAGGGAAAACAAAAGGAAAAGAAAUCCUAAAAUGUUGUAAAAUACUUACGUACAAUGUCAAUACAUUUCGCCUUCUAUCAUUUGCUCGCUCCCAUUUUUGUAAUCUUCGCCCAGGGGAAAGGUGUGAUUAAAAAUCAAUGGAAACGGAACGGUUUCAUGUAAAA